AUGAAAUUAUUUUCGUUUAUUACAUUUAUUUUGACAAUCGUUCAAGUAACCGUAGGUUUACCAUUUGUGUCUCGAAGAGUUUUACAAUUAUCUGAAGAUACUACUAUUACUGUCCCUGAAUAUGAGAAGCUAUCGUUGUUAAGAAAGGGCGUCAGAUUUAUCGAUAUUACUGAACAUGUUGAGUUGCCAUUUUUCAACAAGAGGCCUGAAAAUAAAGUUGUUCCAACUUAUAAAUACCCAGCUCUAGUUUCCAAUGACCAAAUUGUUCAGAAAUUAAUUGAUAAUAUUGAUAAACACUCAAUGUAUGACAAUUUGGCUAAAUUCACUAGUUUUUACACUCGUUAUUAUAAAUCAGAAUAUGGCUAUCAAUCUGCUCAAUGGCUGGAGCAAAAAAUACAAAAUAUUACCAGUGGGUUGCCUGAAAAGGUUUUGACAGUUGAAAGAUUCUCCCAUAAUUGGAAACAAUACUCUAUCAUUGUUAAAAUUGAAGGAUCAGAAACGCCGGAUGAUAUUAUCGUAAUGGGGUCUCAUCAAGAUUCUAUGAACUUAAUUUUGCCUAGUGUAUUGGCAGCUCCAGGUGCUGAUGAUGACGGUUCUGGUACUGUAACCAACCUUGAGGCAUUAAGAUUAUAUGUUGAAUAUUUUUUGAAGAAAGGUCAGAGACCAAAGAAUACAGUUGAAUUCCAUUUCUAUUCUGCCGAAGAAGCUGGGUUACUAGGUUCUCUUGACGUUUUCACUCACUACUCAACUGAAAAUAAACGUGUGGUUGCCAUGUUACAGCAAGACAUGACAGGCUAUGUUCAAGAUCCUAAAUAUGAACAUGUUGGUCUUGUUACAGAUUAUACUACAGAAGCUUUAACUAAUUUUGUGAAAUUAAUUAUUGAUGCAUAUUUAAGUAUUCCAUACAUAGAAACUGAGUGUGGUUAUGCUUGUAGUGAUCAUGGUAGUGCUACAAAGAACGGUUUCCCUGCCGCGUUCGUUAUCGAAAGUGAAUUUAGCAAAACUAGUAAAUAUAUACAUACCACUAUGGAUACUUUGGAUAGGUUAAGUUUCGAUCAUAUGGCCGAACAUACUAAGAUUGUCAUUGGCUCAAUCAUCGAAUUAGGCGAUUGGAAAUUUGCCGAAUUGAAGAAUUAG